AUGAAUUUGGAAUUUCUACCUAAUGAAUUAUUAUUUAACUUCUUUGAUUAUUUAAACAUUUUUGAUCUGUUCAAAGCUUUCUAUAGCUUAAAUUCCCAAUUUAACUCUCUCAUACUCGCUCACUGUCAUCAAUGUCGUCUUGAUUUUCGAUCUACAAAUAAAACAGAUUUUGAUAUUAUCUGUAAAAAUUAUCUUCCAUGCAUUACUGAUCAAAUUGUUGCACUUCGUCUUUCGGAUAAUGACAAUACUCCUCAGCAAAUUGGUCUUUUUCUUUCCUACAACUUUCGAUUACAUCGAUUUAUUAAUUUGCAAACAAUUUCAUUGUCCAAUCUUCAUUCUUCAUACACACUUAAUAGAUUAAUAAAUGAAUUUUCUACUCUUAUAUCUCUCACAGAUCUUAUCCUAACGAACUGUUACAUUUCAAUUAAUCGAAAUAGUGCUGAUCGAUGGUACGACAAGAUAUGGAGUCUAUCAAAACUAAAAUAUUGUUAUAUAGAUAUUAAUUUUGCUAACAGAAGCUAUUUUCCAGUACCAACAGUUAUUUCUCAAUCACUUAAACAUCUAUCAAUUCCACAUAUUUCUUGUUAUUUCAACGAAUUCAUUCAUCUAUUUAAAGUAACACCUAAUCUUCAACAUUUAACAAUCAAUUUCCUGGAGUAUGCCAAUGAAUUCAAACCAGUAUUGUCCAUUUUGCCGAUCACUCAUUUAAAACUUUCGUUUGAUAGUUCAUUAGAAAUUUUGCAAUGUAUCUUACAAAACUCACCUGAUCUACUUCAUUUAACAUUAGAAAUAUGUAAUAUUUAUAUGGAUGGAUAUCAAUGGGAAGAUAUGAUUAGACGAUAUUUACCCAAAUUGAAAGUAUUUCGAUUUAAAAUGAGAUUCUCAUCGUUAAACGAUGAGAAUAAAGAAAUUCAAUCAAAUCAAAUACUUGAAUCAUUUCGAACUAAAUUUUGGAUAGAUGAACAUCAAUGGUUUGUUCGAUGUCAUUGGUAUUCGUCAGAUGAACAAUAUCGUUUAGAUUUCAUAGAUCUAUUUACUUUACCAUAUGCAUUUAAAGAUUUUCUUAGCUAUACAGGCUGUACUUUAGCAAAAUCGACUUGUCCUACUGACGAUCAGUAUUGGUCAUUUGAUCAAGUAAACAAUUUAUGUUAUGGAUCUUCACAUUUUAAAAGUUCGAUCAUGUCACGUAUUCGUUUUUCUCAUAUUGAAUAUCUUUCAGUAACACUUCCUUUCAAUGAUCAGUUCUUAUUGGUAGUUUCGACACUUGAUCGGUUAACAUCAUUAUGUAUAUCAGUUAAUAAUCAUAAAAAACCUGAUAAUAUUCUCUCGCAAAUGCAAAUGCUACUUGAUCGAGCACCAAAUUUACUUUCAUUAAGCAUUGCAUCAUGGUCUUCAUCAAGUUUACCAGUACCAUUAAUGGAAAAUACCAGUGAAUCGGUUCGACAAUUAAAUUUACAAGGAUAUGCCUCUGGUAAAAAUUGGUGUUAUUUUGAUGAUGAGCAAUGUCAUCAGCUAAGUCAAUCACCGUUGGGCAUCCAAUGUGAGACACUUUCGAUUAAAGUUAAAAAUCGAAGAAAUAUACUUUAUAUUGUGAAUAAUAUGCCUAAUCUUCGAGCAUUAAAUGUUCGAUGUGAAGAUGACCUUUGGAAGAAUCCGACGGAUACAUUAUUACUAGUAAAAGACGAACUUACUGAAUGGUUACAAGAUUAUCUACCCUUCUCAUCAAUAAUUAUGAGAGAUACGUGUCAUCCUCACACUAUUCGAUUAUGGAUUCGUUAA